GUGUUUGAGUGUAUAAGAAUGGAUUGGUGUAGCUGGUAACGCAAGCAGAUCUUGAUUCAAUCAUAUUCGGUCAAGUGGUGAAAAAAACAGAAGGGAAAGUAAGAGGUUCGCAUGUGUUAUUCAACUUUAGAAUAGGUGUCAAACAUAAUUUCCAUUUCGAGAGUACACGUCUGUAAAGAGAAAGCUACUGUCUGUAAAAUGCAAUAUGGAGUCAUUUUUCGAAUUGUUUGAUCCAGAUAAUGAUAAGAAUACUCGGAAAAAUAUUUGGAAUAAUUCAGAAAAUGAAAUAAAUCGAAUAUCAGAUUGUGAAAAUUUAAGUAGUGAUGAUGAUCAAGAGGAAAGGCUACCACCAGAACCUGAACAGGGUAAUAUUGAAUAUAAAUUAAAACUGAUAAAUCCAUCUAGUCAACGAUUUGAACAUCUUGUAACACAAAUGAAAUGGCGUCUUAGAGAAGGUCAUGGAGAAGCUAUAUAUCAAAUUGGUGUAGAAGAUAAUGGAAAAUUAACAGCUACAACACGUAUACUACGUCAAAGACUUGCCAAUUCUAAAAAUAAAAAUAUGUCCACAUGCAGUAACAACAAAGAUGAAAGACAGGUAGCAGAAGUUUUAGUAAAAAAAUUAAGAAAAGGAGAUAGGGAAGAUCAAGAUAGUAUUGUUGAUUUGAGACUUGCUGUCACUGGUGCACAGGAUGCUGGAAAAUCAACUCUCUUAGGUGUAUUAACCCAGGGUGAAUUAGAUAAUGGUAGAGGGAGAGCAAGGCUAAAUAUGUUGCGUCAUCUUCAUGAAAUAAAAACAGGCCGUACAUCAUCAAUAUCGCAUGAAAUUAUAGGAUUUGACAAUGAAGGACAUGUUUUAAAUUAUGCAGAAAUGGCAACAGCAGAAGAAAUAUGCGAGCAUGCAUCAAAAGUUGUUACAUUUAUAGAUUUAGCUGGUCAUCGCAAAUAUUUAAGAACAACAGUACUUGGUCUUACAGGAUAUUCACCUCAUCACGUAAUGUUAGUUGUAGCACCACCUAUGAAUGAAGCGUCGCAAGAACAUAUGGCAUUAUGCCUUACAUUGAGACUUCCAUUUUUUAUAGUUGUAAACAAGAUUGACCUUGGUUUUUGUAGUACAUCCGAAACGAUAAAUCAGUUAGAAAAUGCUAUUAACGCACAAGGAUAUUCAAAGCAAUUGAUAAUGUAUAAUAAUAGUCAAAUAUCGUGGGAUUUUGAAUCAGAUAUAAUACCUGUAUUUAAUGUAAGUUGUGUUACUGGAGAAGGUUUGGAAGAUUUAACAAAUUUCAUAAAAAAUUUGUCACCAUAUAAUGUAAAUUCUGCAGAUUCAGAUUCUGAAUCGUGUUUAUUUCAAAUUGAUGAAACUUUCAGAGUAGCAGGUUUGAAUGAACCUGUUUUGGGAGGAUUACUCGUAAAAGGAGCAAUUGCUCUUGGAACUCGAUUGUUAGUGGGUCCUUUACCAGAUGGCGAAUUUAGUCCCGUUAAAGUCGUUAGUUUACAUCGCAAUAAAGCUCCAUGUUGUCUAGUAAGAGCAUCGCAAAGUGCUAGUUUAACAUUAGCACCGUCGACAAACCGAAGUCCCCCUUUACCUCAUCUACGACCUGGAAUGGUUUUGAUAUCAGUAUGGGAUCAGCCUCAUGCGACACUUUUUUUUCAGGCAACCGUAUUAAUAGUAUAUCAUGCGACUGCAAUAUUUUCUGGUUUUCAAACAACUGUGCAUGUAGGAAAUGUAAGACAAACAUGUAUUAUAAAGGGAAUAAUGGACGCAAAGGACAGAGGUUUACAGACAAACGAUACAGCGUCUGUGCUAUUUAGGUUUGUUAACCAUCCAGAAUAUUUGCAUGUCGGUAUGCGAUUACUACUACGAGAAGGUCGUACUAAGGGAAUUGGCAAAAUAACACAAAUAUUUCCACUAAUAGGUCAACAGAACAGUAUGCAGUAAAUUAAAUAAAAUUUUAUUUAUAAAAAAGUAUUAGAAUGUGCAAAACGUUUACGAAGAUAUAAAGAAACUUAAUUACUUGAA